GCUGCUGCCGCUGCUGCCGCCGGGCCAUGCAGCUCUGGCUCUAGCUCAUGGUGAUGAUGAUGAUGAUGCAACGCUUAAGUCUCCGGCAGUGCGGAUGGGCUUCUGUAGCGGGAUGGAAGCGGGUUUGGCGCAGGAGGGAGAGCCAAUGCUGCAGCGCUGUCGGCGCCGCGGUCCCUGGGGCGAAGUGGGUGAAGCCCAAGGGCCGGGAGACCGGCCUCCAGACCUACAACAGCCUCAGCAGGAACAAGGAGCCCCUGGUCCUGGGGAACCCCCAGGUGGUCACUUGGUAUAGUUGUGGACCAACUGUGUAUGACCAUGCACACCUUGGACAUGCUUGCUCCUAUGUUAGGUUUGAUAUAAUUAGAAGAAUAUUGACACAGAUGUUUGGAAAGGAAGUGGUCAUGGUGAUGGGAAUUACAGAUAUAGAUGACAAAAUAAUUAGGAGAGCCAAUGAGAUCGGUAUAUCACCAAUGUCUCUUGCCCGUUUUUAUGAGGAAGAUUUUAAGCAGGACAUGGCUGCUUUAAAGGUUCUUCCUCCUACAGUCUAUAUGAGAGUGACUGAAAAUAUUCCUCAGAUCAUUUAUUUUAUACAGAAGAUCAUUACUAGUGGACAUGGCUAUGCAACUUCAAAAGGUAAUGUUUAUUUUGAUGUCCGUUCUAGGGGGGACAGAUAUGGAAAGCUAGCAAAUAUAUAUCCUGAUAACCGAGAAGAACCAGCUGAUAGUGAUAAGUCUCACAUGAAGGAUUUUGCUCUUUGGAAGGCAGCCAAACCUCCAGAGAUGUGCUGGGAUUCACCCUGGGGGAAAGGAAGGCCUGGCUGGCACAUUGAAUGUUCAACCAUCUCAAGUCUAGUGUUUGGAGGACAUUUGGAUAUCCACACUGGUGGAAUAGAUCUUGCAUUUCCCCAUCAUGAAAAUGAAAUUGCUCAAUGUGAAGUUUAUCAUCAAUGUGAUCAAUGGGGAAAUUAUUUUCUGCAUUCUGGACAUCUGCAUGUUAAAGGGAGUGAAAAAAUGUCAAAAUCACUCAAAAACUACAUUACAAUUAAGGAUUUCCUGAAAGAGUUUUCAUCUGAUCAGUUCAGAAUGUUUUGUUUACGGAGCAGAUACAGGUCAGCUAUAGAAUACAGUGACGACAACAUGAGUGAUGCAAAGAGUAUCCUGCAGAUUAUCUGUUCCUUUCUGAGUAGCGUGAAUGCCUAUAUGAAAGGGCAACUUCUCUGUGAAGACAUUAAGGAGGAUGUUCUGUGGGAGAGGCUUGCUCACACUAAAGCAACCGUAAGGGCCGCCUGUGCCGAUGACUUUGACACCCCCAGGGCUGUUGGUGCAAUUAUGGACCUCAUUCACCAUGGCAACAGACAGCUUAAGGCCGUCACUAAGCAGGAAACUGGAUCUCCUCGAAGCGGUGUUGUGUUUGGAGCCAUUGUUUCCUAUAUAGUGGAAUUUCUUAACACAGUUGGGAUCACCCUCUCUGAAGCAGAGGUUACUCCAGAAAACAAACACUCAGCCAUGCUUUGUAGUGUGAUAGAUGAACUGGUAAGCUUCCGAAGCAAAGUGCGCAAUUUUGCCCUCGCUGCACCUGAAGCAACUGUCGGUCUGUCUGCUGAAGAAGCAAAACAGCGGGAGAAAGAGGAAAGACGGCGCCUAUUGCAGGAGAGAGCUCCCCUUCUGCAAGCAUGUGACAGUCUGCGUCAAGACCUUUCUCUGUAUGGUAUCACUAUAAAGGAUAGAAGCACAACCUCUACAUGGGAACUCAGAGAGCAAAGUAAAGAGCUGGAAAAGAGCUGAUGUAUGAGUACAGAUGGAGUGUUUUAAAAGAGUUCUUAAUCUUCCUUGAAUUGUUAGACUUCAUAUUGAAGCAGCCGAAAUAUUUCUUGUGAUUUUCUGCUUUAAAAUUGGAAAUCCAGAAGCCUUUUCUUUUCUUUGUAAAGACUGGUGGUGAAGGUGACUGCCAAUCUAUAGCACUGGCUUUUCUAUGUUUCUGUUUAGACCACCCAUGACCAUGUAUGCUUUGCCACCUACAUGAGAGCUAAACUGUGCAUCCAGAUAUUUAUUUUU